CACUCAAGUUUCGACUUUUCCUCGGUCCUCAGCCGGUCUUCAACCGCCGCCUUCACUCGCCAUGGACCCCAACUGCUCCUGUGCCACAGAUGGAUCCUGCUCCUGCUCUGGGUCUUGCAAAUGCAAAGAGUGCAAAUGCACCACGUGCAAGAAAAGCUGCUGCUCCUGCUGCCCGGUGGGCUGUGCGAAGUGCUCCCAGGGCUGCGUCUGCAAAGAGGCUUCGGAGAAGUGCAGCUGCUGCGCCUGAAGCGGGAUUCCCCUCAGCUGUCUGUAAAUAGAGCAAUGUGUAGAAACGUAUUGGUUUUUUUACAACCCCGUCCUAUUCUCC